AUGGACGUGCAGCAACAGAUGAGCAUCGAAACGUUACUCACUGCUGCUAAGCUGCUAGAUGGAUCUGGAUCCGAAAUGAACACCGUCAUCCAACCACUGGCGAAUACACGAUUUGAACAGCAAGAAUCUAGUAGGGGCCUUACAUCAAGAAAGAUGUGCGUUGAACGCAAGUUCUGCUCUGCGUCAACAAGUACGCAGCCUUAUUGUGUUCCCUCCUCACCGCGAAAAAACUCGACGAAGCACAGUCGGGCUGCUCACAAUGAGUUGGAGAAGACUCGAAGAGCGAAUUUGAGGGGAUGUUUGGAGACUCUGAAGACUCUGGUGCCACCAAUUGCUGAUGCGUCCCGUAAUACGACUCUUGCAUUGCUGACGCGCGCCCGUGACCACAUUAAGCAACUCGAGGAAGGGAACGCUGCUCUCAUUCUCGAGCGAGAUCGUUUGAAAGGCCAGAAGUCGAUGUUACGAAGCGAGCUGGAACGUCUGAAAGAAAGCACGUCUCACUCAACGACAUCUAGGCCCUCUUCUGCCACGUCUCGCCUCUCCCGUGAUUCUCCCGUGUUCCUCGAGUACUCUCCUUCGUCGAAACCCUCGCAAUCUCCGCAGCCUAUGAUUAUUGACCCAAUUGCUGAAGGCUUGCUUCCUGUGUUACCGAUCUGCUAUCCACGGCCUUCGCUAUAUCCCUACCUCGAUCUCAAUUCCUCUCUGCCACACGCUUCAUUUGAGCCGUUAUCAUUUUUGCCAAUUCAUCUUCGUGUAUGA